AUGUCAGGUGAAAAAGGGCAUCUGUGCAGACCAGAAAGCCUGCUGGAUCGAGAAACUGAGUGGUUCUAUUUGCCCCUAUCUAUCCUAACCAACUGGGGUCAGUCGAUAGUGGCGCCCACCUUGAAAAAGGGUAUUCAUAGUGAGUGUGGCAAUCAUAGAGGAAUUAGUUUGACCCCCUUUUUAAAUAAGUCGUCUGCAUUGCUCACUUUGCAUCGUCUUUUGAUGAUACGUGAAGAAUUCAGGCUGGGAAGGGGUUGUGUGGACCACACUCCGUCAGAUCUGCUGUCCCGUUUGAAUUCAAAUCAUGGACUUUCUUACCAAUGCGAUGUUGUACUUGCUCUUCUGCGUUUGCCUAUGGGUUAUCUACCAAAUUCAUGGCAUUUCACGAGUAGCGGCGGUACUGGUCAACCUCGUUUGGCGUCUCGUUCGAGUGAUCAUCCCUUUACCAUUACGGAAUUCGCUCAACAGACUGGCUCAUUGGCUACUGUUCGAAAGGUACCGUCUUUGUUCCCAGAUAAUACACACUGCCUUUACCAAAUCAUCUACAUCCUGGUGGUUCUCAGUGGUCAUUGCAUCCUGUUCUCGCAAGUCAUUCCGGUUCUUUAUCGCUAUUCUGAUCGUGAGAACCAUUUGUUUUUGGUGCUGGCCUUGUUAUUCUGCAACGGAUUUUGUUAUACGAUGGUGUGUAUGAUGGAUCCUGGUGUAAUCAGCCCGCGAAACCUCCCUGUCUACUCACAAAUCUACGCGUUUGACCAUGUGAUUUAUUCACCAAAAGAGUGUAUGACCUGCCCACACAUUAUCCCGGCUCGGGCACGACACUGUUCUGUGGCACCCUUUCGGUGCCUAACUGCCAUACCACCCGAAGGAGACACGGGGGCUGGGAUACUGCCAGGUUACCCAAGCCUAGACAGGGGAAGUCGAGGGGCAGAGGUCGGGUUCGAACCACGGACCUUCCGGUCAGUAAAUUCGCCCUCUAACUACUUGAGCCAUCUCGCCCCAUCAUCACUUCCUGAUCGUCACAGAUCCCCCCUUUGGGGAGAGAUGGCUCAGUGGUUAGAGCGUGAAUCGACUGACCGGAAGGUCCGUGAUUCGAACCCGACCUCUGCCUUUCGAUUUCCCCUGUCUAGGCUUGGGCAACCUGGGCAUAUCCCAGCCCUCGUGCUUCCUUCGGGUGGCAUGGCAGCUAGGCACCAGAAGGGCGCUGAACUAGCACGUUGCGACCACUGUGUUUUUCGUUUUGAACAUCAUUGUGUUUGGACAAACUGCUGCAUUGGUGGCGAGAACUACAGCCACUUCCUCCUUUUCAUCGCAUCCUCGCUGGCUAUGGUUGUGAACGCCCUGAGGCUCGAAAUUCGAAUGCUGUGUGACUAUACAGAGCAGCAACGUUUGUGGUCUGCACAAUACUUGGGCGAGGAUGGAGAAGUGCAUGAAAUGAGCUGGCCCGCGCUCAUUCAGUGUAUCACGUCUAUUUUUCGGUUCGUCAUCCGUAAUAACCUUCCAACUUCUUUAUUGUUACAGCACCUGUUCAUGUCCUUUCCACUCGUGGUUGCUAUGGUGACUGUUCUUUGCAUAAUCGGAUUGUUUCUCGGAGGGUACACGGCAUUCCAUGCAUGGCUAGUCUGUACGAAUCAGACAAGUUACGAGUACAGUCGAAAUCGAAGGCGCUCCACGCAGCUGACAACUACCAAGACAAAUCGGAAAAUAUUUGGCGACGGAGGUCACUUUAUUAAUCCCAGCCAUUCAGCUCAUCCGUACGAUAGAGGCACCUGGUCUAAUCUGAGCGAAAUAUUCGGUUUUUCAGUUCGAAACUCACUUCGUGAACUUCGGCGACGACUUCCUGUUCAAAUGGAUUUCAAAACUCGUUAA